AUGAAUCGUUUCUUCACUGUAAAGGAAGAGUACCCAGGGGGAUCCGGUGAUCAUUCGCCGGCGGCGACGAUGACGUUGACUGCGGUGGCGCCGCAGCCGAUCGAAGGUCUCCACGAGGUCGGGCCGCCGCCGUUCCUGACCAAGACAUUCGAGAUGGUGGACGAUCCGAUCACAAAUCACGUCGUCUCGUGGAGCAGAGGCGGCACCAGCUUCGUGGUCUGGGAUCCGCAUUCCUUCUCCACCAACCUCCUCCCUCGAUUCUUCAAGCACAAUAACUUCUCCAGCUUCGUCCGCCAGCUCAACACUUACGGUUUCCGCAAGAUUGAUCCGGAGCGAUGGGAAUUCGGCAACGAGGAAUUCCUCCAGGGCCACAAGCAUCUGCUGAAGAACAUCCGGCGAAGGAAAGCUCCUCCUAAUUCUCCUUCUCCUCAUCCAUCUUCUUUCCAUUCUCAGACCUUAUCCGUUCCUCCCAAUCAAUUUCACCUUCAUCAUCAUCAUCAAGCAUCGGGGGGCAGCGCCGCCGUCGAGCUCGGCCGGUUCGGUUUUGACGGGGAAAUCGACCGAUUGAAGCGAGACAAACAGGUGCUGACCUUGGAGCUGGUGAAGCUCCGGCAGCAGCAACAGAGCACAAAGGCCUACGUGGCGGAGCUGGAGCAGAGGCUGCAAGGAACCGAGACGAAGCAGCAACAGAUGAUGCAGUUCCUGGCCCGGGCGGUUCGGAACCCGGCCUUCUUGCAUCAGCUGGCGCAGCAGAAGGGGAAGAGGAAAGAGCUGGAGGAAGCCCUGAGCAAGAAGCGGAGGCGGCCGAUUGACCAGGGCCGCGGUAGUAGGACUACCAAUUACGCCCUUGGCGAAUCGAGCAAUCGGCCAGUGAAAUCGGAGCCGCUUGAUUACGGAGCAUCGCCGUUUGGAUUGACGGAGCUGGAAGCCCUGGCGCUUGAGAUGCAAGGGUACGGGAAGGGGAUUAGGAAGGAGAGAGAGGAGGAGGAGGAGGAAGUGGAAGAGGACGGUUUCGAAUCUACAUCGGACCGGGAACUCGACGACGGGUUCUGGGAAGAAUUGUUGAGUGAGAGCACCGGCGACGGCGGAGGGGAAGAACAGGAAGACGUGAACACCUUGGCCGAGCGGUUAGGUUACUUGCGCUCAACAAGCCCCAAGUAG